AUUUCCCACCACCUUGGCAUUUUCCGCUGGCACGGUCACACCAAUCCGCUGCUGACGUGCCGCAAAGCAACUUGUUUACGUGAAAAUCGCUGAUUUGCAACCGAGAAAUCGCACAAAAUGCUGGACAUUCAGACGCAUAUGGACUUCGCCGGACAGGGCAAGGCGGAGCGCUGGUCGCGCUUCAUCAUCACCUUCUUUGGGAUCGUGGGCCUCAUCUACGGAGCAUUCGUGCAGCAGUUCUCGCAGACGGUGUACAUCCUGGGCGCCGGCUUCGUGCUCUCCUCCUUGAUCACCAUUCCGCCGUGGCCACUGUAUCGCCGCAAUGCGCUCAAGUGGCAGAAGCCCAUCGAGACGGACGCCAAGUCGUCGAGCUCCGAGUCCGGGGACGAGGGCAAGAAGAAGAAGAAGCAGUAGUAGCCGUAGUCUAGGUCUAGGCCAGCAUUAACGUGUACUUCUCACUAUCCAAUACAAACUACAUACUAGAACUAGAA